AUGUCAUUAAGUUAUAAACAACGUGUUAUAAUGAAUCAACAAGAUAAGAAUAUAAGUAUAGCUCAACGAAUGAUAAGUGCAUGUUCUGGAUCAUUUAUAACUUCAUUAGUAGUGACUCCAUUUGAUGUAAUUAGAAUCAGAAUUCAACAACAGGAAAUACUACCCGAACCAUGUUGUCAACAACAUUUCCCUAAACAUUAUAGUUAUCAUUUAAAAACAACUCCAUUACUAAAACAACAUCCACCUGAAUUAUUUUGGAUUCAUAAUAAAUACUGUAAUGCAGCUGAAAAUUGUACUAAAAUAACAUCAACUUUCCAAGGAUUUUCACAAAUUAUUAAAAAUGAAGGUAUAUCUACAUUAUGGAGAGGUUUAUCAUUAACCUUACUAAUGGGAGUACCAUCAAAUAUAAUAUAUUUUACAGGUUAUGAAUAUAUUCGAGAUCAUUCACCAAUUUCAAAACAUCCUUUAAAUCCAUUAUUUUGUGGUUCAUUAGCUAGAAUUUUGUCUGCAACUUCAAUAGCACCAUUCGAAUUAAUAAAGACAAGAUUACAAUCAAUACCUACUGGUACAGGUACUUCACAACAUGUUUUAACUCAUUUAUUGAAAGAUUCAUUUGAAUUAGUUAGGAAUGAUGGUAUUUCUACAUUAUUUAAAGGUUUGCAAAUUACUUUAUGGAGAGAUGUACCAUUCUCAGGGAUAUAUUGGUCAUCAUAUGAAAUUUUGAAAAGUCGAAUUGCAAUUUUUUUGAAUACCGAUUUUAAUACUAAUCAUCAAGAUGAUUGGAAAGUCUUUACAACUUCAUUUUUAUCAGGUUCUAUAUCGGGAAGUAUUGCUGCUUUCUUUACACAACCUUUUGACGUUGGAAAGACAAGAUUACAAAUCACAAUGGAAGAAAAUCAACAAGUUAAAAAGACAAAUAUGUUUAAAUUUUUAUUUAACAUAUAUGCAACAGAAGGUAUUGGAGCAUUAUAUUCUGGUUUUGGACCAAGAGUUUUUAAAAUUGCCCCUGCUUGUGCUAUAAUGAUUAGUUCUUAUGAAAUUGGAAAGAAAUUUUUCAAAAAUGGUAAUAAUAAAAUAAAUUAA